GCUCAGCUGAUAAUGAAUCAUGUGAUCACCACAGUUUAAAGAUGGCGGUAACCGUAAAAUUUGUUUCAAAAGUUUGUUCAGUUGUCUUCCUUUUUAUUGUUCUUUUGGAGUCAAUAGUAGCUUUAAGAACGAUACAAACAGAAUUAAAUCCUGGGUGUGAUGACACAAAAGAAGAUUGUGCAGGAGGUGUGGCUUACAUCAAAGCUAUUGGAGAACAAAAUACAUUUCAUUAUAUACUCACAGCCAUUGGACCACCCACAGUCCUUGUCAUCUUGACAGAGAAAACAACGAAAGAUGCUGGAAUAACUAUUAACUGGGACAACUUUAAAUCAGGCAAUAUCACUGAAAUGGAAAAAUCAAUCAAAUUAGAUCUAAGUUAUACAGUAUUGUAUUCUUAUGGGGUUGUCUUUACAAGGUUAUUUCAAUACAAUGACACAGAAGAUAAAGCAGAGCUUGGAAAAUUAAAUUUGGACAAAACAGCAUUUCGAGUGUUUGACUUCUCUAGAUCAAUGUUUGAAUGGUAUGACCUGAAACCUAUCUCAUCAGAUUCUUCUAUUAAGUUGAGGGUCAAAAAUAGUUCAGCUAUAAUGGGACAGACAAUAAACAAUGGCUCCUUAGAAUUUAAAUUUAGUUUUUUUGACCACAUGGACAGAGCUAAAGAUUUACCACAUCUACAGUAUACUGAAGAUACGAGUCAGUUUGAUUUUACACUGAUGAAUAUUGAUACAGGGAACAUGUCGCUAUCCAGGUUCGCUUUAGAAAGUGUAUUGUUCAGCACAGAUUCUGCAGGAAAAGAUAUGAAAUUUGACGAGACCAAAUCUAUAGAUGAUGAGUACACACCUGGCGUGUUUACGAUAUCAAACUGGCUAGCCAGACCAGAGAAAGAAGAUCAGGGAGGUUUUCUUCAACACAAGCCAGUGUGUUAUACUAAACCAAAACGUGGAAGAGCCUAUGGGACUUUUGUCAGAGGUUAUGGUUUGACCAAAGUUACAGAUGUUCAGUAUUUAUUAGACCAAAGUGCAGUAUUGGCAUAUUUUGGAAGUGUAAAUAUGGCUAAAUUGAGAAUAAGCUCUACCAACUUUUCAUUUGGUCUUACUGAUGAUGGAACAUUUACAAAAACUAAUUAUACUGUUUGGACUGGUUCUAUAGGUUACGGCAAACCUCCGAUGGAUGUAGUGUCUUCUCUAGUGGUUGUUGUGAUAUCUGUUGGACUUGGUAUACCUGUGGUACUAAUUUUAUUUGGAGGACUUUUUGUCUGCCUGAAGAAAAAAACGGAUCCUCUAUUAGUUGAUGUUUCUAAAAAUGCAAUGUCUGUUAACUGAGUCCAAUUAAUUUAAGUGAUGAAAAAAAAAAUACUCAUUUGUUUGUUUUUACUUACUGUACUUAACUCUUACAUUAAUUUUUGUCUCCGCUGUUACAAAAGUUGUUGAAGUGAGACUUAGGAAUGCUGUUUCUGGCAUUCCCGGGCAUCAACAAUUGUUAAGUGUUUUUGAUGAUGCCACACAGGUGCGACAUAUUUCUAUAUUAACGGUUAAUCUUACCAUCAAAAUAAUAAAUUAUUUAUUGAGCUGGUUUUAGAGUAUAUUAGCUCAAGUAACAUUUUAAAAUUAUUUAAAGAAAUUCUACAUAUUUUUACAUCUCUGGCUUUCAAAUGUAAAGAUUUUUUAUGCCCCCGCUGUAGAGGUGGUACAUUAAGUUUUACCCUUGUAUUGUUCUAAAAGAAUGUAAAUCCAUAAGAUCGAGCGAUUCAGACUCAAAAAAUAAUAAAUACAGAAGUUCACUUUUCGAACUUUUAUACAUCAAGAGGUUUUGAAUAUAAAAUUUUAAAAACAAAAAACAUGUGAUGAUACACACACCCCUUUUCACUAAAAACUCUUAAUCUUUUUUAGUUUUUAUCCUCCUCUAAAAAUAUGAUAUGUCUUUAAUGAAUAACAGAUUUUUAUGAAAUCUGAUUUAUUUAACAAAUUUUAAAAUAAACAACAAUUUUACAAUGAAAUGUUUGUCAAUAGAAAAUGAACAAUAAAUCAAAUGAGAAAAAAUAUUGAUAGGUCUUUUGUGCAACAUUUUGAAAUACAAGCAUUGGAGAACCAGAAUUUUGUACGAGGAGAAUGUCUGGAUAUCUGAUAGGAAAUGUAUGGGCGGAAAUUAAUGAUAUGUUAACUGUAUGACUUAUGUUGUAAAAGAACAUGCAACAAUUUUGUCAAAAAGAGUAUUUAAAAAGUAUGCUGUUAAAAUGAUUUGACAAAUGUAAGGGUUGCUGGGAAAAAUUGAUAAAUUUUUUAGAAGAGUUGCAAAUUAUGAAUGGAAAGUUUAAAGCUUUAAUAAGGGGAAAUCAGUAAUUUAUCAUUGAAAUGACUUCUAUUCCAUUUAAAAGUGCACAUUAUCUGUUUAACUGUGAUAUCUAUGUUCUUGUUUGUAUGUUUUACUUUAAUGAAUAAAAGUUAAAUACAAA